GCAACUUCCAAAUCCAAUCAGACCGAGUCCUCUUGUUAACAGUUUUUAUACGUUACCGAAAACUACUCCAAAAGUCAUAUAAAAUCAAAAGACUCAGAUUUUAGGGAUUAGCUAUCCAGUUCACGGAAAAAGAGAGAGAUUUGUAGUUACAAUCAAGAUGGGAAGGGUUUUUAUUGUUGAUCUGGAAGGGAAAGUCUAUAGUUGCAUACACUGUAAGACCAAUCUUACUAAAGAUCAAGACAUCAUGUCCAAGUCUUUCAAAAUCCGGGGUGGACAAGCUUAUCUCUUCAGGGAAGUUGUAAACGUUUCAACUGGAAAUAAAGAAGACAGAAUGAUGAUAACGGGGCUUCAUACUGUAACUGAUAUAUUCUGUGUUGGUUGUGGAUUAAACGUUGGUUGGAAAUAUGUGACUGCCCAUGAUGUGAGCCAGAAGUACAAGGAAGGAAAAUCUGUUCUUGAAUUGUAUAAGAUUGUGGGUCCUCAUGAUAGCAACGACUUGGUUUGUCAACAAGUUUCUCAGCUUAUGAUUCAAUAAUCAGAUGAUGCUUAAGCAUUUUCCUCUUAUUUCUUAGAUUUCUUUUACAAUGUACAUUCUUCGACUUCUUUUUCAUUUUCUUUUGGUUCUGUAUCGAAUAAGUAAAUUUGGUACCCGUCGUAAUUGCCUGGUUUGAUAGAUUUUAGUCUUGUUUAUUUUUGAAUGAAUAACUACUACACAUUAUGCUUUGAUGAUUCUUGGAAGUAAUGAUGAUGAAUUGUAGUGGGGUUUCCUCCACCAAAUUGGCUUGGUAGUAAUUUUCUAAUUACA